AUGCGAUUCACAGCCGUCCUCGCAGCCUCCUCCGCCCUCUCGCUGGGCAACGCCGCUCCAGUCGGGGAGACCACCGAGGCCGUUCCCAGCAUCCCGCCCCAGGGCGUGCCCGACAGAGGCCAUCUGGCGCCCGGCACCUUCGACGUCCCGGUCCAGAGCCCGCUCGUCGCGACAGCUCCCUCCCUCGCCGGCAGCGCCGAUGCCCCGGCCGCCGCGGGACAGCAGGUCCAGGCCCCGGGCGCCCUUCUUCGCCGCAGCCCUCUCCUGAGGCCCAGCGUCAAGGCGCAAUUCUGCAAGUCUUACUGUCGCAUCAUACCGUGCCGCGCCUGGUGCCCGAGUCUUGCUUUAAACGACGCCGCGACGUCACCCGGCCCUCGCAAGAAGCCCCUCAAGGUCGCGGCCUUCCCGGACCCUGUCGAUGAGUAUCACAGGGAACGGUCCAAGGCACUUCACAGGGAACACGGACAUUAG